UUUUCAAUCGUCUCUGGACAUCGUGGUUCACUUGCUUUUGGUUUGCAAGCAAGCAGGCGUGCCAUUCUUUUCGCUCACGACACCGACGGGUAUUCUGUGCCCGUUGACCACACUCAUUUAUUUGUUCCGCCUUGGAAUCGUCCGCUCCUUAGCUCGUAGCCUGCUUGCUUGCUGCUGCUUCUCGAGUUAUCCCGUCUCGUUUCGUUUCGGCCCAUCACUAAUAGGAUCGCCUUCUAUCGUUUUCUCCCGCUGUACCGAACUCAAGCUCCUCGCGGACAACAUUCCGUUUCACGACUACAAUACUAUGACAACAUCCUUUACAAUCCGCUGACGUUGUUCUUCUGCUAUUUCUGCACCGAUCUCGACUUACACGAAGUUCAGCCGAACCAGCUUUUCUGUUGAUCUUGUUUUCUGGUUCUGUUCUAUCUUUUCGAAACUGGGCAUUUGAGAGGGACGAUAAAGCAUUUGGCGACCAUGGAGGGCGCUGCGAUGCUGAGGGUCGGCUAUGCUCUUGGUCCAAGAGUAUUGUUGAAAGCUCAACAAGCCAGCGACACGCCGCAGAGCCGGAUGCUAGGGCCCAGGACGGCCAGUGAAGAUGCGCCUCGAACAUCGAGCACAUGCCUCCCCGGCAACAACUCGAACGCCUGCGAGAAGCCAAUUGGUAGCUCAGCCAUGACUCUACCCAUUGUUCUCGGAGUAUUGAUUCCCCUUGUCUCGGCCAUGUGCGUUUUGAUCUUCCUCCACCGGAGGAACAUGAAAAGGCAAAGGAGAGAGGAUGCCAUGGAUCCUCACAAGUCGCUGGAUUUUGGCCUGGGAGAGAACUUGGACAAGGGCGGCAAAGGCAACCGGAAGAGCAUCCUGGGCAUGGGAAAGGACCAUUCCCGGUACCGGCAGAUGUCGAUGGACAUGAACCUCUCGAGCCCCUACCUUCUUCCUUCACACCUGCACAGUUCCCGGGAAUCACUGCAUUCUUUGGCCAAAUCGCUCCAUCAGAACGAGGACCCCUAUCGGCCAGUGGCUCAAUAUGCAGGGAGCGAUGCUGUCUCUACACGGUCGCUUCCAAAGGGCCGCGACCGCGACGGGUCCUCGAUUUACACUGGCUCGAGCAAUGACCGAGACUCGGCUGCUCGGACUCAUUCGAUGGCCGCCUCUGGCGCAUACAUUGCUCCCCCCCGACAGAACUCGCUCCCCAAAUCGCCUCCACCGCCGCCAGAGCCCGUGCAUAUGAAGCCGGCCACCACAAUCCCUGAGGACUCUGAUUACCCCCCGUCAUUGCCGUUGAAGGACCCAUUCCGUUCCCCCACGGAAGUAUCACUACCCGACUUCAGCUCAAUGCCCUAUCCCGCCGGGGAGCCAGGCUCUUUGGCGAUGCCGACCGGACCAGUGAUCCAAGACCCUCCUGCUGCAGCACAACGAAUCGCUCGAAAACCCAUGUCUGGUUAUUCCGCCAGCGCUUCAGUAGUCGACGCAGAGCUGGAUAUGGCCGACAGCGAGAGUGUCCUGGGCCAUGCAGGCCAACCCUCGAUUGGCCGCGUUGGGACGUCUCACAAUGCCCAUAGUCAGAGCCCGUCGAUUUCAUCGCAUCGCAUGUCGCCGCCAACAGUUCAACCCCUAUCAGUUGGUUCGCACCCUCAGCUUUCAUCACCACCUCCGGUCGUGGGCGCAAUCGUGGAAGAACCAGAAGGAUAUAAUGAUCACGACUAUCCGCAAAUGGCACACGACGGGUACCAUCAGCAAGAGUACUUUGACUCUGAGGACCGUGGGCGGAGCAUGCAAAGAGAAUCGAUGAACUAUCAAGCCGCCCAGACAGGCCUAGGUGUCCCGGUGCAAGACACCCGUCGACUCUCCGUUGGACUGCGUCCUCUGCCCCCAGACGAUGUUAUCGAGUCCGAAGACCCCGAGACCCGGGCAAACCGCAUUCGAUCAUUCUACAAGGAGUACUUUGACGAUUCGAAGCCCGAUCCUAUGCCCGCCGUGAAUCCGUCAAUGGGGAAUCUACAACAUGGAAGAGUAGACUACUAUGAGGAUUACGACGGGGGCUACGUUGGCGAUGCACCGUAUUACGAUCCAGCUUCCAAUUCCUUCGUCAUGCCGUAUGCCCAGCCGGUAUCCCGGCGAGCAAUGACACCACCGCCCUCAGGUUCAAGAUUCCCAGGCCCUCGCGGCGGUCCGCGUCCGCACCAUCACGGAUCAGUCGGUGGGAUGAGCAUGCCUGGCGGACGCGGCCCGCCGAGACCCGGCUCCGCAUCAUCGAGCAACUACGGACCACGGCCAGGUUCGUCGGUGUCGAACGCAUGGGGAAGGCCUCGGGCGGGCUCAGCCAUGUCUGGGCGCCCUCGGAAGCCGUUCGUGCCGCCUUCGACACUGACCACGCUGCCCAACCCGUCCAGGCUCCGAGACGACUCGGUUGCACUCCUCGGCUCGAUCGAAUUUGCACCGCCAGAGACAUUCAAAGACCGGGCAGCCGGCCGACCUCAGAGCCCCGCGGGCGAGCGCCGUCCAUACCAACUCAAUGUGCCCAUCCAUUCCCCCUUGGUCAAUGCCUUCGAGGAACUACCUACAUUGCCCAGCCCCCAUCUUCUUCGCAAAUCGAGCACCUUCACCGGCCUUGAUUUUGCCCCUCCACGCAAAUUCACCGACUCGGACUCUCGGAGCGAGACCGGCUCUAUCCGUAGCAAUCGGAGCGGCAUGUCCACGGCCCAGUUGAGUGCCAUCCGCAGUGGGGCUGGUCGAGUCAGUCGGCUUCCGGAAGACAGCAUAUUCACUGCCGCCCAGGUGCAGCAGAAGCUCAAGCCUUCAUGGACUAUGCGCGACUAGGCGGCUGGUCCCCCCCUCGUCGUCUUAUGUUUAUAGACUCUUCUGGCAUGGGCAUGGUCUCUAUUGCUUUUUUUUCUUCUGUCUCUAUAAGCAUAUGAGGAGAGGGCCUCGGGAUCCCAGACCCCAGACUUCUUCGCUGAAGUCAUGAGGCUGGUCCACCCAUUGUCUGCCAACUGGCGGGCAUGUGGGACGGACAUGAGGCCUGACCACUUGCGUUGCACUGGGACACGGGAGUAGCGGUGCCUACCCAAAUCCACUGAUGGGGCGACAUACUGGUAAUGUCUUGUGUUUAUCAUCUAUAGAGGAGCAUUUUUGGUGCGCAAAUGACGGGGGAGAAUAUAAUCACAACCCCGCAUGGCACUCACGAUCGCACAUGCGCAUGACGAUAAAUCCACUUAACCUAUAGACCCGGGUAGCCGGAAGACAAUGUGGUUUAAUGAAAACGUUCAACUGUCAUCUUAUUCCAUUUUCAUACUAUUACUG